AUGAAUCCAAAUGAGUUGGAAUUCCUCGCGGAAAAUGAGUUGAUACAAAUUAUUCCCAGGUUCAAAAUGGAGGCUAUUGAUUUGAUGGAACAUUUCGUUGGUCCAUUCCACCCGAACAUUCCAUGCGAAGUUCCUCUCUGGCUCGCCAUUCAUCUCCGGCGACAGCAGAAAUGCCGGAUCCUCCCACCCAAUUGGUUAUGUGUAACCAGUCUGACCGAAUUUAAGGAGGCCGAAGAGUCUGAGUCAGGAUGCACCAAACCACCACAUCCCCAUUAUACCGAAGUGGCCACUUUGUUGCUUCAACAUGCUCCUGAUGACCUGCCCGAUCAGGAGGCAGUGCGAACACUCAUCAAGGAUCUGUGGGAUGCACGCGUUGGCAAAUUUGUCUCCUCAGUAAACCAGUUCAUUAGCAGUGGAGCUGCUACUGCCCGAGUCAGUCAACUUACCUGCCUAGAACUGGCCACUGUGCGUAACAUACUCGCAAAUUCUCUUGAUCAGCUAGCUAUACUGCGUCAGAAGGUAGCGGAAACAAGUGCCGAAGUUCCUUCGCAGAGUCAGUCUUUGCUUGGUUCAACUGGCCUAACUGAAUAA